AUGGAAAGGCCGGCACAUCGGGCGUGGAUGUAUAAUAGGCGUACUGUUGGUCGAAAAGGAUUUACACCUGAAUUUUUGCAAGGCCUCAAGGAGUUUCUGAGUUUCACUUGUCAACAACCACAAUAUUUGAAUGAGGGUUUAAUAAGUUGUCCAUGUAAGCUAUGUAAAAAUGAGAGGCGCCUAACUCCGAAGGGAGUGAAUGCUCAUCUUCGUCAGAAAGGGUUUACACCUGGUUAUUGGUUUUGGACAUCCCAUGGAGAAGAAGUCCCUCAAAUGAACGUUGAUGUUGAUAUGGACUCAAACGCAUUUCCUUAUAGUAGUCAAGAAGAUAUUGGGUUUGAUGAUGCUGAUCUUAAUGACCAAAAUUUUGUACAAAAUGAAGAGGUGCCUCCAAAUGCAGAAGCAACUGAAAUGUAUGAUGUGUUGAAUUCAACUCAUCAACCUUUGCCGCCAGGGUUAAUGUGGGAGUCAAACCACAAUGGGAAUGUAAUUCCUUCAAAUUCUAGGGAUACAGAAAGAACAAUGCAACCUGCUAAAAUGUCGAGAAAAAAGAAACGUGCAGAAACCGAUGCUCCCUUGACAACUCCUUCAAAGUCUGGCAAUACAAAGGAAAUUCUGCAGCCAACUAAAAGGUUAAGAAAAAAGAAAUCUGCAGAAACCCGUGAUCCGUUGGCAAUUCCAUCUGAUAACCUUCAAACUUUUUCUAACCAAGCCACUCAACCUCCAUCUCGAACUAAACCUCGAACUAAACUUAAACGACUUCCACCCACUAAACCACUAAACCUUCAUACGCAACCCCAACCCACUCAAUCACAUCCUCAACUUCGUCUGCGACCCCAACCCACUCAACCUCAACUUCGCCCGCGACCCCAGCCCACUCCACCUCCUCAACCUCAACUCCGCAUGCAACCUCAACCAACUCCACCCACUCAACCUCAACUCCACACGCAACCUCGACCCACUCCACCUCGACCUCAACCUCAAUCCCCAACAACUCGGUCUGAAUCUCACCCUGUCACAUCUCAAACCAUUCCAACCCAAGUUCUUCAAUGGCAAGAAUUUUCAGUAGACAACUUGAAUCAGAACAAAAUCCCUAUACUUCCAGAAGGAGAUGGGUUUGAUCAACACAACUUGGUAGUGAAGGCAAUUGGUUCAAUCAUACGUACUUACUUGGCUGAGGGAAUACCAUCGUGGAAGCAGAUAUCUAAAAAGCAACGAGAUUCGUGGUUUGAUAUAUUUAAAUCAAUGUUUACAUGGCCACCUGAACAUAAAGACCUGGUGCGACGUAACUUUGAGAAAAGGGGUUCAGCUAAAAUGGUUCAAUUAAUGCAAGAUGCUCGAAGAAAAUUAGAUCACAAACCAAGUUGGAUGGAAGAGUGUGUGUGGACACAGUUGAAGGCACAUUGGGAGUCCUCAAAAUACAAGAGAAUAUCUGAAAUAAAUAAAAGAAAUUCUGAGUGUAUGGCUGAUGCAUCACUUCACACUGGUGGUUCAAUUCCUCAUCGAUUGCAUUGGAAGCGAAUGAAGGAGGCAAAUGGGACUGAUCCAUCCAUGGCUGAAUUUUAUUUUCGAACACAUAGAAAAAAGGAUCAAAGUUGGGUGGGUCCAUCUGCAGAGUCUGCUUAUAAGAAAUUUGAACAAAGAAAAUUGGAAUUAUCUUCCAAGUUUGAUUCAGGAGAGAAUAGUGGCGAUAAUCAACAAUCCAUAGAAAUGCCGUCUGACUUGGAUAUAUGGGUAGAUUCAAUUGGACAUAAAAAAGGAAGGGUUUUUGGUCUCGGAUCUGUUAACAAAACAUUGGUUCCAUCUGUUAGGCCUCCUGGAAAUUCAGGAGAUGUCAAUGCUUUAAGAAGUCAGGUUCAUGCACUUAACGAGUCGUUGCAUAAACAGGAACAAGAGAAACUGGAAAUGAAACAAGAGUUGACCGAGACUAGAAAACAAUUAGCGGCUUUAAUGGAGCAUCUAGGAUUUGCUGGCUCUUCUUCUCGGCCAUUUUCAUCACCUCAAAACAGCAAUGGUAUUGAUAAUGGUGAUGAUUAUACUGAUGAAGGUGAUGAUAUGGAGUAG